UUGCAACAUGCCUUUUUUUUCCCUACCUGAAUCCUCUCCACCUCUGACAUAUUCCCUGAUCUAAUUCCUAGGCUACAGCAGCAGCACGCUGUUGUGCUUCACUAGGAAGGUAAGAGGAGACGACAUACAUCUUCCACUCGCUUUCUGCAACUCAUGCGUAGAAGCCAAAGUAAAAGAAGAGUACAAGUACAAGGCCUUUACUACAGCCCAGCUACUCAAUACUGAGGAAAGAUUAGGUGACAGUCCCAACUGGAAUACAGUAUUUGUACAGCCUCUCUCCUUAAGAUACUCAAGCGCAAGAUCAGUCAGCAUCAUCAAGAUUGCAAUGUACUUUACAAGGAGCACAGUACUCUGAAUAUAAGACAACAAAAUACGAAAGAAAACUUGCCAUAGACACUGAUGGGUGUUAAAGGAGCAGAUCUUUAUUAAUGAGAUCACAUGGAACCUGAAAAGGACGACUUUCCUCAGUUAGAAGAAGAGAUGGUGAAUACUCAAUCUGGUUUUAUGUCCAAUCCGAAUUUAAUAAUGCAAGACCAACCAAGCAUGCCUUUUCCAUCAGGAUCUCUAGACGGUGAUUGUUCUCCCACAAACCAAACAGAUGAGGGUAUAAAUGAUCAAACAGGCUCAUCUUGUUUACCCAUGGACAGUUAUGGUGGAAACACACGUGAUUCUGAAAGCCAGACCGAAAGAAAAAGCUCAGAAGAUUCAUCCAUGAGCCCCGACCUUUCCUUGUCACCUCAAGAUCACAUUCCUAUGAGAUUUUCAGGGAAGGCCUCUCCAAGAGAUGAAUACAGAAGGUACAGCUGUGAUGAGCCUGCAGAAACCAGUUUUGGUAAAUUCAUCAAAGAGAAAACCCAGUUUCAUCCUUACAAGAGGCAAUUCAGUGACGUUUUUCCAGAUGCUAUCCAUUCUAUGUCUCUUGGGGAGAAACCUUUCAAAAGCAUGGAUGGAAUAGACAGCUAUGAAAAUGUCUGUGGUCCAACCUGUCCUGAAGAUAAUGAGUCAUUUGCGACACACAUUCCUGAUAUAGCUGUGGAAACAGCAUGGUGUAAUUCUAUGCAGUACACCAGCCACGAGGAAAGCUCACAGAUUAUGCUGGGAUCAGAAGUAAAGCUGAAGCCUCAAUCUUUGCUUAUGAGACAGCAAGAAAAAGAGCAAAGGAUGUACUGGUCCCAAUCCCCAACACAGCAGAUCUAUUGUGCCCCACAGACAUUUCCUCAGUAUUCCACAGGAGGAAGCUAUCCUGUUACAUACAUUUCUACAUCACAUUACCCUUACCAAAGGAUUGCACCGCAAGCUGGCAUGGAAUCACAGCAACCCCUGUACCCCAAACCUAUCUAUUCCUACAGCAUCCUGAUAUUUAUGGCUCUUAAGAACAGUAAAACCGGCAGCCUUCCUGUAAGCGAGAUCUACAAUUUCAUGACAGAGCACUUUCCUUAUUUCAAGACUGCUCCAGAUGGGUGGAAGAAUUCAGUGCGUCACAACCUGUCCCUAAACAAGUGUUUUGAGAAAGUGGAGAACAAAUCUGGAAGUUCAUCCCGUAAAGGCUGUUUGUGGGCCCUGAACCCGGCCAAGAUUGAUAAGAUGCAAGAAGAGCUGCAGAAGUGGAAACGGAAAGAUCCAGUAACAGUGAGGAAAAGCAUGGCAAAGCCAGAGGAUCUUGACAAGCUGAUAGGAGAGAGAACAGAGAAACUGAGAUCCUCACUCCUGGCUUGUAACCCAUCUGGCAUCAUGAACACACCAUCCACAAUGCACAUGACCAUUCAGAGUGAGCAGAACAUUUCCUCCACCAUGUCUGCAUCACUACAGACAAUGCGUGAGGUUUCUGAUUCUAUGCCUGGCAAGAAGCCUCCACCGAGCUAUACUUCACUCCCUCAUGGAUAUCCCCAGAUCUCCCCCGCAAUGAUACAACAGCCUCAUCCAAUACCACAGAAUCAUUUUUCUCCACCAGAGAACCAAAGUGAAAUGACUACCCAAUCCAUUAAUCCCCAGGACUCUCCAAUACCUGCUCACACCCCUCCGCUUCACAACAUGAAGCUGUUAACGGAGCACUCGCCUACCAGAACCAUGCAAGACCAACUGAUGGAGGGCGAGCUGAGCAAUGACAUUGAUGCUCUCAAUCCCUCUCUUACAGACUUUGAACUUCAAGGAAACCUAUGGGAGGAACUUAAAGAUGACAGUCUAGCACUGGAUCCCAUUAACCUGAUGUCUUCCUCCCCAACUCCACCUCCACCACAUUACUUCAUGCACAACGGGAACUGCAGCAGCAACGGAAUCAGCCCCCGUAGUAGUAACUCGCAUAUGGGACUGGGGGACAUCCAACUUACUACCGUUUACUCCUCAUACAUGGAGAUGGACUCUGUGGUGCCGUCAUACAUCAAUGGCUCCGGAUCUAAGCACUGUUGCCAUUGUUUAAAGUAACUGUCUCCACAGACUAUACUGAAUAUAUGACCAAAGAUAUUUAUAUAUUUCAUUUGCAAAAUGAUUGAUGACAAAAGCCACAUCAAUUCAGUCUUCUAUUAUAGAGAAGAUGGACAGUAUGCGUUUUAGGGUAUCGUUGUCCUACUCAGAGCAAGGACUAUAAUAUAUGUUAAAUUGCACAAGUAACACAUAAGUAUGGGCUUAGUAAAUAGGUCAAGUA